AGCGUUAUAUAGUGUUACAGGUGCUGCGCGGUUACAUCAUGGAAACUCAUGCCUGCAGCACACGAGUAUCUCCUUGCACACUGUGUUUACUGUAACCACACGACUAAGCCACACCCACAGCAGCUCGACAGGUGAGACCGAUCCAUCAGGUACAUUUGCCUUCCAAAUCCUCCGCGGGAGUCGAGCGGAGACGCGACUCAAACGCUGCCGAACACAACAAACCCCCGACAGACACCCAGCCCGAGCCUCAGUCAUGAACUGGGCUUUCCUGCAGAGCGUCCUGAGCGGCGUGAAUAAAUACUCCACCGUGAUUGGUCGGAUUUGGCUCUCAGUGCUCUUCAUCUUUCGCAUCCUGGUGUUCGUAGCCGCUGCUGAAAACGUCUGGAAGGACGAGCAAAAGGACUUUGUGUGCAACACCCAGCAGCCAGGCUGUGAGAACGUCUGCUUCGACCGGCUCUUUCCGGUGUCUCAGGCGAGACUGUGGGCUCUGCAACUUAUCAUGGCGUCCACACCGUCCUUGCUGGUGGCCCUUCACGUGGCCUACCGCGAGCACCGUGAGAAAAAACACGGAUGCAAACUUUACGAGGACAAAGGAAGGAUCGACGGCGGCCUGCUCUGCACGUACCUUCUCAGCCUGGUCCUGAAGACGUCUGUGGAGGUGGGCACGCUGCUCAUCUUUUACUUCGUCUACAAUGGAUUCUCGGUUCCUCGGAUGUACCGAUGCGAGGAGGUUCCCUGUCCCAACACGGUGGACUGCUACAUCUCCAAAGCCACAGAGAAGAUGAUCUUCCUCUACAUCAUGGGCUGUACAUCUGCCCUGUGCGUGGUUCUGAACAUCACAGAGAUGCUAUACAUCCUGUCCACGCAGUGCUGGAAGUGUUUCAGUAAACACUACGUGCCCGUGGAACAGAAGAAAACGUGUCAGUGUCACACACACGCAUCUGCACUCACCGUCUGCUCAGCGCAAAAAUCCGUCACGUCCGCCAACAAAGAGACGGGGCUUCAGGUUCAGCCGGCGCAGGUCACAAAGGGAAUUCCAACAUGAUCACCUGUGGACGUCCUGCUCUCUUCUCUUAGUGAUAAUAUGAGAAGCAGUUCAGGUUCCAAAAAAACAGACAAUUAUUUAAAAAAAUAUAUAGAUAUAUAUAUAAAUUAUAGUUUUAAAAAUAUUUAUAUAAUUGUCUGAUUUUAAAUGAAUGCACUGUGUCCAACUUUGGAUUUUAUUUUCAACCAAGGUGAGAUUUAUUUUAGAAGAAAUGAAGACCUUAAUGUCCUUAAUAAAAUGCACAUUUUUAAAAGAUCUGAGGAAAAAAAUAAUUAGACUACUGUUACAGCACUUAAAUUACUUAAAUUAAGUUACAGCACAAAAUAUUAUUCUGAGGUUGACCAUUCCCAUCACAAACACCUUCCGCACUGCACAAACCACUAGAUUAGUCUCACUCGCGUUGUUUGGUUUUGUCCAGACGACAGUUUAGAGUAUUGACAGUUAAAAAACAGAUAACAGUGACGUUGUGUUGUCUUAUAAAUGCGGCCGCAUCUGUGUGCAAGAAAAAAAGUGGAACCUCUCUGGAAAUCGGCAGGAUUCACUGAGUCUGAUUCAACAAACUAUUAAAUGACUCACUGACUCAGGGCUUGGUUGAGGAAGGAUUGAGAAGAAAAAACUUCUGCCAGAAGAAACCUCAAAUUUCUGUUACACUUACAGAACUUUAGUACAUUUUGUUAUUUACAUUUGUUAUAUAAUUUUUUUUAUUUAUUAAUAACAAGGUCAAGCCAUGAAAACUGCAGCCAAAUUCCAAAACUUGUUCCACUAAAGACUUAUAAAGUGGUUAAUCAGUUACCAUAGACUCUGCAACACAAAAGUCUGGAUCUAUAAACAAACAGAAAUACUAAAUAACUGACCCAGUUGCAGAGUAACUUCCCCAUGAUGGACUGUGCACCC